GACUUUCAUUCUUGAACAAUGAAAGAUACACACUCACCCAAUCACACAAGCUUGACAUUUACCUGCCUCCGUACCAUACCGACAAUUCAUUAACAAGCACAGGGGAAGAGAAUAAACCAGUCACUAACUACAAGAAAUACCUUCCACUGGGAAAGAGGGUUAUGGACUAGUGUUUCUCACAGCAAAAUUUUGCAGGAAGACAGAGAUCCAGAGCUCACAUUUUCUCUUUUCUUUUCUGUAGCAAAUACUCAGCUGAAUGGAGAUGGACUGGAGCAGCAGCACUACCGUGGGUUUAGUGUUCAUCCUGACUUUUCUGAUCGUUUUCAAAAUCGGAAGUUUCUUGAAUAGCAACUGGAGAAAGAAUCUUCCCCCAGGACCAAGAGCAUUACCUAUCAUUGGAAACCUUCAUUUGUUUGACUUGAAGAGACCCUACAGGACUUAUCUGCAGCUGUCAAAAGAAUAUGGUCCAGUCUUCAGUGUUCAGAUGGGACAAAGGAAAAUAGUAGUGCUUUCUGGGUACGAGACAGUGAAGGAAGCUCUUGUAAACCAGGCAGAUGCAUUUGCAGAGAGACCUAAAAUCCCAAUCUUUGAAGAUUUGACCAAAGGAUACGGGCUUGUUUUUGCUCAUGGUGAAAACUGGAAAGUGAUGCGAAGAUUUACUCUCACAACCUUACGAGACUUUGGAAUGGGAAAAAGGGACAUUGAGGACCGCAUUGUGGAGGAGUAUGGGCACCUGUUAGACACCAUUGGGUCACAAGAAGGAAAGCCCUUUGAUGCUAGUAAAAUAAUUAAUUCAGCAGUUGCUAACAUAAUUGUGUCAAUAUUACUGGGAAAACGAUUUGACUACAAAGAUUCCAGAUUUAUAAGACUUCUACAGUUGACCAAUGAAAACACGAGGCUUGCUGGGAAACCUUUGGUUACGAUGUACAACAUCUUCCCAUACCUUGGAUUCCUCCUAAGGGCUAACAAGACUCUUCUCAAAAAUAAAGAUGAAUUCCAGGCUUAUGUGAAAGUUACUUUUAUAGAACAUCUCAAAACUCUGGACAAAAACGAUCUAAGAAGUUUUAUUGAUGCUUUCCUUGUUAAACAGCAGGAGGAGAAAUCCACUUCCAAUGGGUAUUUCCAUAAUGACAACUUGCUAAGCUUGGUGAGCAAUUUGUUCACUGCUGGCCUUGAGACAAUUUCCUCCACACUAAACUGGAGCCUUCUGCUGAUGCUCAAGUACCCUGAAAUUCAGAGAAAGGUUCAAGAAGAGAUAGAGCAAGUGAUAGGGUCAAACCCUCCACGAAUUGAGCAUCGAACUCAAAUGCCAUAUACAGAUGCUGUUAUCCAUGAAGUUCAGCGAUUUGCUAGUAUCCUGCCAUUGGAUUUGCCUCAUGAGACUACUACAGAUGUCAUUCUCAAAGACUAUUUCAUUCCCAAGGGAACCUACAUCAUCCCCUUGCUGAUCUCUGUCCUGCAAGAUAAAUCCCAAUGGGAGAAACCAGAGAUGUUCUAUCCUGAACACUUUCUUGACUCCAAGGGAAAGUUUGUGAAGAAAGACGCUUUUAUGCCAUUUUCAGCAGGGCGGAGGAUCUGUGCUGGUGAGACUCUUGCCAAAAUGGAGCUCUUCCUCUUCUUCACCAGCCUCCUACAGAGGUUCACCUUCCACCCUCCCCCAGGAGUUUCCACCUCAGACCUGGACCUCAACCCUGCUAUUUCAUUUAAUGUUAUCCCCAAGCCCUAUAAAAUCUGUGCUGUAGCACGUUCAUAGAGCUCAAAUCAGUAUAAAUUUGAUUUAAAAAAUAUAUGACAUUUUCAUGAUUUCUGCCUUCUUAAUCCUUUGGCCAAAAUCAUUCACAACAUUACAUCUUAAUAGAAGUCUUUAGUACCUCCAAACCAAAGUGGUGGUGUUUUAUUUUUUAUUUACUGAGGGAGGGCAUUUCCCGUGGACCAGAAGCCCACGCUUAAUUGAUGAGUCAGGGAUCAACCUAAUAGAUGACCUAAACUGGGCUAAAUAAUAGAGACUCUUUCUUUCUCUGCCCCUGAAUUGUAAAUGUUAACUAACGUGUGAAAAUAUGGGGCAGGUUCCACUGAAGGCAAGGUUUGAAAAAGGAAAUCUCUACAGAACACGUAUUAAUAGUCAGUGAGCACAUUUCGUUUUCUCAUUUCAUCAAAGUACUCCAAACAAACCAGAUGUUUGCAUUUUUUUCUCAUAUUAGCCUUUAAAUAAAACACAUUUACUUCUGUAAUAUAAGAAAUCCAAUGUAACAAGAAAUCUCACAGUUAUCUUAUAAAGAUUCUGAAAGCAUAGAAAGAAAGUGAUAAUUGAAGGCAUGAUCACAGUGCAUGAAGAAGUGGAAGGUGAUACAAUUGCAUUGUGUUUUCCUGAGAAUGCACUUUUUUAUGUAUGUAACAACCAAUUUUAUCUAACCACCUUUGUAGAUACAGAUAGAUGUGACCUCCGUAAACCUGUUAGCUGAGGCUUUUGCAUGUAUUUAUCUUCAAAGAUGGACUUCCAAGACUAAUUUUCUUUUUCUAUCUCUAACAUUUCUGAAAAUAAAUAAAUAAAUAAAUAAAAUAAACCCACACCUCAGUUU